AUGGCUCAGUCACACAGGACAUUCGCAUUCCCGCCGGUCGUGGAGCACGACGAGCUCGACAAAGAACUCACAUCAGAAGAUGCUUCUGUGUCUCUGGCCGAUUUCCUCGAAUGUUCUCGAGAAGCACCAUGGAUGCACCCCGAUGCCUGGCUAUCGACAGACGGCGUCCGUCAUGGCCCCAAAUCUGGGCCAAGCGGUGGCUGGGUGAUUCAUCACCUUCGUCGCAUUGAAGCUGGAUUGCGUGGGGAAUCCCUGGUCGCGGAGACGAAGGAAGAGUUGGUGGAGAGAUAUGGCGAAGACUUUGUGAAGAAUGCGCCUCCUGGAGUUGCUGAUAAAGUGCUGCGCGGUGAUGAUACACGUGUGGAUGCUGUGAUUGAGGAGAGUCAGACGAAAAUUGAAGAUGAGAAGACGAGGAAGAAGCGUGAGAAGAAGGAGCGAGCUCAACGUGAGAAGGCUGAGAAGGCCGGAAAAGAGAACCAGCCUAGCAAUAAGAGGAAACGAGCGGACUGGGACGAGAGCGAUGCUUCUGUCAAAGGCGAAAGUAAGGCAGGGACCGGCGCCAACACGCCGUACGCAGACUCGAUGACGGCCUACAGCGAUACCUGGCAAAGAAAGGAAGACUUCGAGCAGUCUCAGGAGGUCCUCAUGGGAGAGGUUGGUGGCAGAGAAGGUGCGCCUGUGGUCGAACAGAACGGCGAGCCGCCAGUGGUCGUCACACACGAUCUCAACGGCGAUGUUGUGGUCCCAUCAAAGGCCAAAACCGCCGAGGAGAAGGCUGCACGUAAACUGGCGAAGAAGCAACGCGAGAAAGAGGACAAGGCUCGUAGAGCAUCUGGAGCGGCGGACACGCAAGGAUCGGGUUUAAAAGAAAGCCCUGUCGCUCAGCCAGAGCCAAAACCAAAGGGCCCGAGCAAGACCAAUACCUCUCAACCGGCUGCAGACACCGAUGACAAAACUGCUAGGAGGGCGGCAAAACGAGCACGUAAAGAAGCAGAAAAGGAGGCAAAGGCGGGAGCCAAGGGCUAG